UCUAACUGCUCCAUCUUGGACACACACCUGUUAACCAGGGGUCGGAAAACUAAGAGUUGGGUGUUUUUAUAAUGGCUACAGAAACUAGUCCUGUCUUCCAUGGUCCUGAUGAUACAUUUCUGGAGAAUCACUGUAUGAAGAGAAGCACUGACAGAGAUCCAAAGAAGCAACUGAAUGAGAAGGAUACAAAUGUCCUUGACCCAAAUCCAGACAAUGGCUUACUGGUUACCACUGUUAACCAGACACAGGACUUACUGAGGCUGCAGGGGAGCGGGACCUUGACUUUGCAAGACUCUGAAGAUUGGCUUUCAACCCGCAGUUUAAAGUAUGAGAAGCUCACCCUGGCUGACCUGCUAAGUGAGGGCGCAGCCAUGCUGGAGGAGGGCAGCGGUGCCACGCAGAAGAUGCACUUCCCCACCCAUAUCACCUGCCACUUUGAGUCAAGGCUUUCUGACGCUAUUGAACUCUAUCAACAGAGACUGCAGUGGCUUACAGAAAACAGCAAGAAGGCAUUUGGCCUCAUCAGGGGAACCAGAGUGGCCAUCCUCAUCGAUGAGUCGGUGGUCGGCAGUGGCCCCAGGAAAGAGGAUUUCCACCAGGAUCUCAUUAGUCUCAUUGAUGAGCAGCUGAGUCUCAAAGAGAAACUGUAUGUCCUGUCCUUCGGUGCCAUCGCCAGUCCCCUCUGGCCAGCCCCUAUGGAAGUCAGCACCUCCAUCCUCCAGGAACUGAAGCUCUGGGUCAAGAAACUGCAGCCUGAGGGAGGCAGCAACUUGCUACAUGCCCUGAAGAAGAUCUUCGCUCUACGGGAGCUGAAUUCUCUGGUGACCAUAAUGGGAAGCUGCCCAGAUCAGCCUUCCGAAAUCCUGUCUGACUACAUCCAGCAGUCCACUGUGGGGAGGGACGUCAUCAUCCAUGUCAUCACCUACAAAUGCGACACUCAGGUGCCCUCCGCUGUCCUAAAGAACCUUGCAGAAGCUCUUGGGAGCUACUACCACUGUUACAGUCCAGAGACAGAGAUCUACACCAGUCGGGACAUAGACGAGCUCCUGGCAGAAAUCCAGACAGCCCAGAGCCUCUUGGGCCAUGUGCAGGCCCUGAGGCAGAGCAGCCCGUGCAAGGAGCUGGCCUGCACAAUGAAGGAAAUCUCCACAGAGAUUGCAAAAGGGCCGUUCACAAGUCUCCUGCAUAAACCCCCAAAGCAUGAAGCUCCUCUCAGAAUCGAGUUCCCAAACUUGGACAAGACUUCUGCAGAGUGGCUCAAGGUCAAUGGUCUAAAAGCCAAAAAGCUAAGCCUUUAUCAUAUCCUGGCACCCAACGCAUUCUCUCCUGUGGAAGAAUUUGUGCCUGUUCUCCAGAAAACAGUAUCAGCAACUAUCCACGAGAAGGCAAUGGUACAAUUCGAAUGGCAUGAUGGGACAGUGAAGAAUGUCCACGUGGACCCACUCAUGCUCUAUGAGUACCAGAAGCAGCUCAGCAGGGCUGUGCGCAUGUAUGAGAGGCGGGUCGAGUGGCUCUCCCUGGCCAGCAGAAGAAUCUGGGGCACCCUCUGUGAAAAAAGGGUGGUUGUAGUGCUCGAUAUCUCUGUCACCAAUUCCAUGUACAUUAUUCAUAUCCAGCACUCCCUGCGACUGCUGCUGGAGGAACAGCUCUCCAACAAGGACUGCUUCAACCUAAUCGCGUUUGGAAGCACAAUUGAAAGCUGGAGGCCUGAGCUGGUUCCUGUGAGCCAUGACAAUUUACAGAGUGCCUGGAAGUGGGCCCUGGGCCUGAGGUGUCAAGGCAGCAGGAAUGUCCUCAGUGCCCUGCGGAAAGCUGUGGAAGUAGACUUCAAGGACAAAGACAAAUACCAAUCACAGGGCAUCUACCUCUUCACAGGGGGCAUCCCCGACCAGGAUGUGUCCACGCUCAGCGCCUACAUGGCCGAGGCCUGUGGAGGCUGCGACCUCCAGCUUAAUGUGUGUCUCUUUUACGUGAGCGAGCCACAGAUGGACACUAUGCUCCCUGCCUACUAUGCCAGCCGCACGGACACAGCCGCUGCCUACAGGGAGGUCACCCGGGCUACCGGUGGCCGUUUCCACUGGUUUGGAAACACAGGCAUUUAUGAGAGUGAUGACAUCAGUGACAUCAUAUCUGAAAUAGAAAAGGCCAUCAACUACUCCCAAAAGUGUGCCUUACUGGUGGCCUCCCUGAAGAACCAUUCAAGAAAAGAACUGGAAAAAAGUGCAGCCCUCCUGAAAGAUAAACCUGCGAUGCUCAAGCAAAGAAGUCAGCCCAAGAAAUUCUGUCCUCCCAAGCCCACAGACCCCUCGGUGACCAGAAUGAACAUUAAAGAUGACCCGGACAGAGAGAAAAGCCCCUCAUUGAAAGCUCUGAAGUGGCGUCCACUCAAUGCUGCAGCCCUGCCCAGGAAAGAAGGGACAGCAGAACAGAGGAGGAAGACAAAAUCCAGGUCGGCAGAGAUGGCUCUCUCCCUAUUCUAUACAGAGACCGGGAAUAAAGUGGGCUCUGUGUAUAAGAAAUACCCUCAAAGAAGAAGGGUAAGGAGGACUGGCUCUUCUAUUGAGCUGCCCAGAAAGGAUACCAUUUGCUCAAGUCAAGAGUGGGUAGCAAAUUAUGGGCUGAAAAAACUGAAGAUGGAGAUUUCCAGAUGCAUUGGUCCCAACUGUAGCCAUCAAAAGGCAGCACAGAGGCCAGCAUCCGCCAGACACUGCAGUGCCUUCCCCAGCAUUGAGGUCAACGGAGUGGUACGGCACCUCAAGAGGACGCUGUGGGAGAUGGAGGUGUACAUCUCAGACUUGGAGAAAGUGAUGCACUGCUACGUGCAGAGGCUGCAGUGGCUACUGUCAGGGAGCCGCCGGCUGUUUGGUGCCAUCUUGGAGAGCAAAGUAUGCAUCGUGUUGGAUACAUCGGGGUCCAUGGGGCCCUACCUGCAGCAGGUGAAAUCAGAGCUGGUUCUGCUGAUUUGGGAGCAGCUGCGGAAACACUGUGACAGUUUUAACCUGCUUAGCUUUGCUGAGGGCCUACAGCCAUGGCAGAAAACUCUGGUGGAGACCACAGAUGAAGCAUGUCACGAAGCUAUGCAGUGGGUGACUCACCUACAAGCUCAAGGGAGCACCUCAGUCUUGCAGGCAUUGCUGAAAGCUUUCAGCUUUCCUGAUGCGCAAGGACUGUACCUCCUGACUGAUGGGAAGCCAGACACAAGCUGCAGCUUUGUCCUCAAUGCCAUCCAAAGGCUGCAGGAGGACAGAAAAGUGAAGGUGCACACCAUCUCCCUCAACUGCAUGGACAGAGCAGCAGUUGAGUUCCUGAGGAAGCUGGCUUCCCUCACUGGGGGGCGCUACCACUGCCUUGUUGGUGAAGACACGCUCAGCAGGAUCCAUGGCCUGCUCACCAGAGGUUUCAUCAAGGAGACGGAUCCCACACUGCCACUGUUUGAAGGAGAUGACUUAAGGAGACUGGCCCAAGAGGUCACCAAGGCCAGAAGCUUCCUUAGGCAGGCCCAGAUCUUCAGGUCCCUACUCCAGAAGAAAAACAACAUGGAACCAAAGGUGCCUCUUUGCUAGAAAAGUGU